CGUCUGCUGCCGGUGGAGUGAACGUGAAGAAGAAGAAGAAGAGGAGGAAGAAAGCAGAAGUAGCGGAAAAAGAGUGUUUUUAUUCGUCCAUGUCCUCCGCCACGGCCGACUGAACCACCGCCGACUACUGUGAAACACAACCGACUGCAGGUGACCGACCAUGGCUGUGAACGUGUACUCCACCUCUGUGACCAGCGAGAACCUGAGCCGUCAGGACAUGCUGAUGUGGAUCAACGAGUCCCUCCAGAUCCCGCUCACCAAGAUAGAGAUGCUGUGUUCAGGCGCCGUCUACUGCCAGUUCAUGGACAUGCUGUUCCCGAACUCCGUGCCUCUGAAGAAAGUCAAGUUCGGCGCCAAGCUGGAGCACGAGUACAUCCACAACUUCAAGCUCCUGCAGGUGGCCUUCAAGAAGUUCGGCGUCGACAAAAUCAUCCCAGUAGACAAACUGGUGAAGGGAAAGUUUCAGGACAACUUCGAGUUCGUCCAGUGGUUCAAGAAGUUCUUCGACGCCAACUACAACGGGUCGGACUACGACCCGGUGGCGGCGCGGCAGGGCCAGGACGCCAUGCCGAUGCCCGCCGCCACGUCGGCCCUCAACAAGGGCGCCAAGAAGACCCUCAGCCAAGCCGCUCCCAGACCGCCCGUCGCCAAGGUGGCGCCCAAGGUGGCGCCGAUCAGCGCCAGGAGGGCGGGGUCGGGCGCCGCCGGCGAGGAGAGGGUGGAGCUCCUGAAUGAGCUGGAGGCGCUGAAGUCCACCAUCCUGGACAUCGAGAAGGAGCGAGACUUCUACUUCGGAAAGCUGCGGAACAUCGAGCUGAUCUGCCAGGAGAAGGAGGACGAGGGCGACGCCACGCUGCAGAGGAUCGCCGAGAUCCUGUACGCCACCGGGGAGGGUUUCGUCAUUCCGGACGCUGAAGAGCAGGACGAGUUUUAAUUUUCCAGAUUUCAAUCAGCUUUUCACUUCCACCCCCCCUCCAGCCCGCCAGCCCACCAGGAGCCCCCCCACUGAGCCCGGGCCGGGGGGGCUCCACUCCGCCGCCAGACGGACUUCCGGGUGCAGCUCGUCUGUCAGUCAGUGCCUCCUGCAGCCCCGCCCCCAAAACCAGAGCGUCUCGCUCUUUUGUAUCGGACUUCAGUGUGACGGUCUCUGUGUGCCUGUAUUUGUGUGUGUAUGUG